ACACGAAAAACCUAGAUCCUCCCCCAAAUUUCAUCCAACGGCACAAACCGCAUAAUAAAUAACCCUAUCAAAAUAUAAUAAUAAAAAUUGAAAUUUGAUAGCGAUAGUUUAGUCCUCGAUGAAUGCGAGUCCCUCAUAUUUACUCCUUUUGGCAUUCACUCUCUUUAUUUCUCUUUCUCAACUUGAUAUGUCUUUUGGCGUCUCUUUCUUUCCCUAAAUCUUUCUUUUAUUUUGCUGUUUAAAAAAAAAAUCCAACCAUAAGACAAAACAACGAACGAGGAAGAGAGAGAGAGAAGGAUAUAUCUCUAAUCACGAUGCAGGAGAUAAUACCGGAUUUUCUUGAAGAGUGUGAAUUUGUCGACACUUCACUAGCCGGAGAUGAUCUAUUUGCCAUCUUAGAGAGUCUUGAAGGUGCCGGAGAGAUAUCUCCGACAGCUGCAUCUACACCUAAAGAUGGAACCACAAGUUCCAAGGAGUUAGUUAAGGAUCAAGAUUAUGAAAACUCAUCUCCUAAGAGGAAAAAGCAAAGACUAGAAACCAGGAAAGAAGAGGACGAAGAAGAAGAAGACGGAGACGGAGAAGCAGAAGAAGAUAAUAAGCAAGAUGGGCAACAAAAGAUGUCUCAUGUAACCGUGGAACGUAACCGGAGAAAGCAAAUGAACGAGCACUUAACCGUUUUGCGUUCUCUUAUGCCUUGUUUCUACGUCAAACGGGGGGACCAAGCAUCGAUCAUAGGAGGAGUUGUGGAGUACAUAAGCGAGUUACAACAAGUUCUCCAAUCUUUGGAAGCCAAGAAACAACGUAAAACCUACGCCGAAGUCCUAAGCCCGAGAGUUGUCCCGAGCCCUCGUCCUUCACCGCCUGUUCUAAGCCCAAGAAAACCGCCUCUUAGCCCGCGCAUCAACCACCACCAGAUUCACCACCACCUACUUCUCCCUCCCAUAAGUCCUCGAACACCUCAGCCAACAAGCCCAUACCGGGCCAUUCCACCGCAACUACCACUCAUCCCACAGCCUCCGCUUCGCUCUUACAGCUCAUUGGCCAGUUGCAGCAGCUUAGGAGAUCCACCUCCAUACUCUCCUGCUUCAUCUUCUUCAUCUCCUUCAGUUAGUAGUAACCAUGAGAGUAGUGUGAUCAAUGAGCUUGUUGCUAACUCAAAAUCGGCUUUGGCUGAUGUGGAAGUGAAGUUUUCAGGAGCUAACGUGCUGCUCAAAACGGUGUCGCAUAAGAUCCCGGGACAAGUUAUGAAGAUAAUUGCUGCUCUUGAAGAUUUGGCUCUUGAGAUUCUUCAGGUUAAUAUUAACACCGUCGACGAAACCAUGCUUAAUUCUUUCACCAUCAAGAUUGGAAUUGAGUGCCAACUAAGUGCAGAAGAACUGGCUCAACAAAUUCAGCAAACAUUCUGCUAGUAAAGAAGGAUUUAAUAUAGCUUCGUAUAAACCUUAACGAGAGAGCAGUACGUACUCACUUUCUCUCCUUAGUAUCCCUUUAAUUAUCUUUUCAGUUUUCUGCAAAGAUAUGGAGUUUAAAAAAAUAAAAUUGUUAUCUAAAGUUUUAAUCAAAUAUUGAUUAAUUAUAACUAAUAUAGGUAUAAGUGAGUUUUAAAGAUUAUCAGCUUCAUAACAGCCAUCGUCAUGUUUACUUUCUUUUAAAUUUUAGAAUUUAGACGUACUCCUACCAUGUAAUUUUAUUUCUGUCAUUACAUCAAGCAUUGUAGCUGUAAUUGCAUAUGAAUGAACAAUAGUGUAUGAGUGAUCUCAUGAAUAAUAUUCUUCUUGCAACACAAAAUGUUAAGG